AUGGAGUUGGCAAACAAGGUCAACUAUCCAAGCUCAGGAUACAAGCUCAAGUCUAUCACUGGCUUUAGAAUUUACAUCUAUCAUCGCAACCAUGCUCUUGGGGAUAGUGAUGCGGUCAUCCCUAAGAUUAUUCGUGAAAACCAUCACGUUAUCAAUUUCCCCAAGACUAAUAACAAAUGUGUCUUCCAUUGUAUUGCCUGGCAGUCAAUUCAGGACCCUAAGAAGAAUCCUCGAAGAAUUCAGGCUCAGGUAAAGGAGGCAUUCAAACGCUACUGCUCUUUCAAGGGGGUUAAAUAUUCGUUGAACCUGUUUCGAAGCUUCAAGCCCAUUGACCUACUCCAGCUCGAUGACGUUGAGGAAUGCUUCAAACUCAGUAUCAAUGUCUAUACAAUGGAUAUUGAGUCUGGGAAGGUUGAAUGCAUUCGUCGCUCUGACAAUGAGUAUGAAACUAUGAAUAUUCUAUCGCAUGAGAGUCAUGCUCUAUAUAUCAAGAAUGUUGAUAUGCUCCAAAGCAAGUAUCAAUGCAAGAAGUGUGAAAUGGUCUUUGUCAGCUCCACGAAGCUCAAGGAUCACUCUAAGAACCAAUGCGAACGAGUAAAUAUUGAAAGCUUCCCAGCCCAGCCAACGAUCUACCGACCUGCUCAGAACACGAUACAAUCACUGCAAACAAAAUACUCCAUCAAGGAUGCUGAUCACUAUAUCGAUCAUUUCAUGGUGUAUGACUUUGAGGCCAUUCUUAAGCCUACCGCUACUCAACACGGGGAGAAUACUGUCUUUACUAACGAGCAUAUUCCUGUGUCAGUAUCAAUAGCCGAUAGUUUAACUGAUGAGGUACGUCGCUUUGUAAAUGAUGGUCCAAAAGCAUUGCUUACUGAUAUGUUCAGAUAUAUUGGCGAUGUAUCCUUAAAGAUUCGACAGUACAAUGUCUCCAAGUAUGAGUCUCUGUUACGAAAGAUCAUUAACGCUCACGGUCUGACGGGUAUGGAGAUCCCCGACACCCCUCUUGGUAAGACAUACAAGAUGUCUGACGUGGAGAGUUGGAUUGGAGAAGGAAAAUAUUCCAGUUUCUUCGAUUUCCAUAACAAAAUUGGAUUCGCUAAGCAGAGAUCAGAUUAUGGUAAAAUCAAGCAGCAGCUUGAUCAGGUCCCAGUAUUUGGCUUCAAUUCUGGUCGAUACGAUAUCAACUUGAUUAAGAGCGACUUGUUCGCUGUGAUUGGUACCAAUAACAUCAAAUCUGACAUCAAGAAUCCAUCUUACUUGUGCAUAGCAACUUGGAACAUGAAGAUACUUGAUAUCAGCAACUAUGUUCCGGCUGGCACCAGCUAUGACAAGUAUUUGACGACCUAUCUCGGUGGAUGCAAGUGUGAGGACAAGAUUAGCUGUGUUUGUGGGCUUGGUAAGGGUAUUUUCCCGUACGAGUACAUUACCAGUUUCAACGUCCUAAAUGAAACUCAAGUCCCACCGAAAUCAGCUUUUGACAGCAAGCUUCGUGGUACAAGCAUCUCCAAUGAUGAGUACGAGCGUGAUCUACUCAUCUGGUACAACAAUCUCGAUGUAGUUCCAUUCAUCAAGGCUAUCCAAGCUCAGCGUGAGUUGUUUAAACGUUUUGAUCUGGAUAUGUUUGUCGAUGGUGUGUCUCUACCUGGUCUAUCGGACAAAGUAAUGUACCAGACUUGCUUCAAAAAUCUACAAUACCCCAGCAAGAAGCCUGCUAAAGCGUUCAAAUUCCCAGCCAAGCGUAUGGUUGGCUACAAGAAACAGGAUGAUAAGGCAAAGCGAGAAUUUGGUAUGACACUUGAUCACUUGAAUAGAUUGCUAAAGCAUCAGAAGUACCUGUGUGCUUUUUGCUACAGUCAGCUGACUUGCGAAACUGCCUCUGCUGAUAGAAUCAACAACAAGCUUGGCCACCUCGAUGGGAACAUCUUGAUCAGCUGCAUUUCGUGUAAUACCGCUCGUAAGGAUAUGUCUCUCGGGGGUUUUCGAUACAAGAAACUGCUCGAGUUCAAUUCGAACAGAUUGCGGAACGAGACAAAGAUUCGUGGUGGUAAGCUCUGUAAAAAGAUUAUCGGAUAUGAUGCCAAUGCCCUAUAUCUAUGGGCCCUUGGUAAUGAGAUGCCGUGUGGUCGAUUGACUACGAUUGAGGCUUACCCUGGUAUCAUCGAUGACAUCAAGAACGACAAGAUAUUUGGCUUUCUCGAGUGUGAUAUUAGAACCCCAGAGCACCUGAAAGAGUAUUUUAGUGAGAUGACUCCCAUUUUCAAGAAUGCUCUGAUAGACUGUACCGAUGAGAGUGUCAUUGGCAAGCAUAUGUUUGAUUACAACCGGUCUCGCGAAGCAAAUCGUUCUAAGCCUGCUCGCAAGUUGAUUGGUAGCUACUUUGGUGAAAAGAUCCUUAUCUAUGCACCGCUGCUCAAGUGGUACCUUUCUCAUGGUAUGGAGAUCACCAAGACCUACAGCUUUAUCAAAGCCAGCUCUCACACGGCAUUCGCUCCUUUCAUGGAAGCUGUGUCAAAUGCUCGACGAGAGGGUGAUGAGGGGACCUCAGGGGCGCAGUCCCUGGGGGUCUCCGACUCCAAGCAACAGCUUGACGCUGAUAAGUCUAAAUCUAUGAUUGCUGAGAUGAUGAAACUUGUAGGCAACAGCGCAUUCGGUCGAUCUGGCAUGGAUAUGAGCAAGCAUAAGGAGGUCAAGUAUGAGUCGGAUCAGAAGGCAAUUGAGGCAAAGAUCGAACAUUUCACGUUCCAUGGUCUGGAGGAGCUAAACGAUGCUUGUGAAAUCACCAUGAAGAAGAGACGAAUUAAGAACAAGAACCCGAUUCAUCUAUCGAUUGCUAUCUACCAGCUCGCCAAGCUGCGCAUGCUCCAGUUCUAUUACGAUUGCAUUGACUACUACUUCGAUCGAAGCGAUUUCCAGUAUCAGGAGAUGGAUACCGAUUCAGCGUAUAUUGCUUUCAGCUGUGAGAAUCCUUUCAAGGAUUGCAUCAAGCCUGAUCUACGCGACCAUUUCAAGCAGUACAAGUAUGACUGGUUCCCGCGCGACUAUAACUCUGAGGUAGCUAAGUUUGAUCGUCGUACCCCUGGUUUGUUCAAGGAUGAAUGGUCAGGUGAUGCCAUGGUCUCUCUAUCGUCCAAGAACUAUAUUUGCUAUCUGCCAGAUGAGUCCUACAAGGUCAAGGUUUCAGCCAAGGGUGUGCAGCAGGGGCGAGGUCGUAAUGAGGAUGUACUCAAUCCAAAUGGUUUCGAGACUGUUGUACGGGAUCGAAUCACACUCCAAGAUCCUAACAUAACACUAAAAUAUGUAAAGGAUUGGUAUGCUACCCAAUCAGAUAUUCAACGAUUUCAGGAGCAGAAGAAGCGAUUUGAUGGGUUCAAGAUUGCUUCACAUAGUCCCAACUCAUGGCAGAUAGAUCUCGCGUUCUGGGACAAGAAACCAAUAUUGACUGCUAUCAACAUCAACUCUCGACUCGGUUAUGCAAAAGCCUUCGAUAAUGGCAGCGAGUUCAUGAACUCACAGACUCAAGAAUUCUUCAAAAGCAAAAAGAUUGAGCACUUCAACAUCGAGCCUGGUGAUCAUCGGACGAUGGGUAAAAUCGAGAGAUUCAAUCGAACUAUAAAGCAGAGACUAACCAAAAUGUCUCCGAAGAGGCUCACACAGAAAAUUAUAGCUGAUGUUAUCGAUAACUACAACAGCACAUUUCAUCGCUCGAUUGGUAUGACCCCGAACGAGGCAAGAGGUAAAGUAAUGAUGGCGGAUCUGAACCAUAAUCAAGCUGAAGCUGAUAAGGUCGAGAACGCGUUUGAUGUUGGGUCGAAUGUACUGUAUCGUCUCAAAAAGAAAACAUUUGAUAAGGAAGCUGCUCACUGGAGCAAGGCCCCGAACGAUUUAAAGAUUGUGAAAGCAGAUACUACAGAUGCUACUAUCAACCGUGAAGCUGAGAAGAUAUUAGCCAAUAAAAAAAUGAAUAAUGGCAAAUAUAAAUACCUAAUCCGAUGGGUAGUAGGCAGUGAGCCCGACUCAUGGGAGCCUCAAGAUAACCUACGCUUGAUCAAUAAAAAUAGGAGAAGCAAGCUUGAAGAAGAUUAUUUAUCUCACAUAGCCAAUAUAUAG